GCCGCGGCCAGUGCCCCGGGGCGGGGGAGGUGGAGCGGUGGAGCCCCUCUUCCGGCUUCCGGUGCCGGCGGUAUAAGAGCCGCUUCCGCCUGGAGCGUGACCCGUGGAGGGCCUGGCCGUUCGAUCCUAGCGGAACCAUGAACGCCCGCGGGCUGAGCACAGAGAAGGCGGCUGCCUUCACGCGGCGGCUGCGGGCUGAGCCCCGAUUCCUGCUGGCGCAGAACGUGGCGACAUGCAGCGACCCGCUGGAGGUGUGCUUGCAGCGGCGUGUGGUGCAGGACACCGUGCAGGUCUUCCAGCAUGCUGUCCCUGCCGAGGGCAAGCCCGUCACCAACCAGAAGAACUCCGGGAGGUGUUGGAUCUUUUCUUGUCUCAAUGCAAUGCGUCUUCCUUUCAUGAAGAAAUACAACAUCGAGGAGUUUGAGUUCAGCCAGUCGUACCUCUUCUUCUGGGAUAAGGUUGAACGUUGUUACUACUUUUUAAAUGCCUUUGUGGAAACUGCUCAGAAAAAGGAGCCUGUGGAAGGUCGACUGACACAGUUCCUGCUCGCCAACCCCACGAACGAUGGCGGGCAGUGGGAUAUGUUGGUUAACAUCAUUGAAAAGUAUGGUGUUGUCCCCAAGAAAUACUUCCCGGAGUCUCAUACCACGGAGGCUACUCGGAGGAUGAAUGAGAUCUUAAAUCAUAAGAUGAGAGAAUACUGCUUGCGGCUAAGAAAUAUGGUGGAAACUGGAGCAAUUAAAGACGAGAUCUGUGCUGCAAUGGACACUAUGAUAGAAGAGGUAUUCAGAAUAGUGAGUACUUGCCUGGGCAGCCCUCCGGAGACCUUCUGCUGGGAGUUCCGGGAUAAGGAGAAGAACUACCACAAAUACGGCCCUGUGACACCACUCCAGUUCUACAAUGAGCAUGUGAAGCCUUACUUCAACAUGGAGGACAAGAUCUGUCUGGUGAACGAUCCUCGCCCUCAGAACCCCUACAGCCAGCUGUACACGGUUGAGUACCUGGGCAACAUGGUUGGAGGGAGGAAGACACUCUACAACAACCAGCCUGUUGAUGUCUUGAAAAAACUAGCUGCAACGUCCAUUAAGGAUGGCGAGGCUGUUUGGUUUGGCUGUGAUGUUGCAAAGCACUUCUAUGGCAAGCUGGGAAUCAAUGACAUGAAUAUAUAUAAUCAUGAGCUGGUGUUUGGUGUCUCCGUCAAGAACAUGAACAAAGCAGAACGAUUAAUCUUUGGAGAAUCAAUGAUGACCCAUGCCAUGGUUCUCACCGCUGUCACUGAGAAGGAUGGGCAAGAAGAUGCGUUUGAGAAAUGGAGAGUGGAAAACUCCUGGGGUGAAGACCGUGGUAAUAAAGGUUACCUGAUCAUGACUGACGACUGGUUUUCCGAGUACGUCUACGAGGUGGUGGUGGAUAAGAAGUAUGUACCAGAAGACAUCUUGGCAGUGAUGCAGCAGGAACCGAUUGUUCUGCCAGCCUGGGACCCUAUGGGGGCUUUGGCCAAGUGAACUAAAGAAUAGUUGCCCUGUAAUGGUCCACCAGAAGUAGAUGCAAUAGAGAAUUCCAGUGGUCGGAAGCCAUAGCCAAAUGAUAAUGUGACCAAGCACUCGGCAUGGUCCGUAUUCUUGAAAUGUAAGUUAAGGAUUUUUGGGAAAUAGCGCUUUACUGACUUGGCUGAAUAAAGCCCUCAGACAGGCUACUCUGCAAAACUAAAAAGGGAAAAACUCAUAAUGGAAACAUAUUACAAGAGCUGUCAAUGGCAGUUUGAUUUUUACCUUAAAUAUUUCAUAAGAAUCAGCAUAGUAAAUCAGUAGAAUUAUUUUGGCCAGUGUUUUCCCUAGAAAAGCUGGCCAUAAAGGACCUUUUAGAAUUAACAGCUACAUGACUGUUAGAACAAAUAUAUUGAGAUACUUAUAAAUUAACCAUCCCUGAUCUGACUUGCCCAAAAUAUUUUAUAUAUUUACAUUUUUAGUUUUGCUGACAUUUUGGAGGGGACAUAUGAAUUGAAACUGCUGAAAAUGUUCUCUUCUAGCAGAAUUGGGAACGGUUUCCUUGAGGUUUCCAGUUUCACUUGUUUUUAUUCUUCCACUAUUGAGGUAGGACUGGAUAACCCCAUCGAGGCUCCGUGCCGUCUGUGUGCACAGGAGCGCUAUUUUUCAGUUUCAUUAGCAAGAACAACUAUAGGUAUGUUCACAGGUGGAGUUAGUGUCAUGCUCAACAGAAAACAACCAAUGUUUUAAUUGCUGCAUUUAAUUUGGAUGUUCAAAAAACAAAGAUGGUGCUAUGAAGCUUUUGAAUAAACACUUU